UUUGAUUGGCCACGUCAAUGUACACUCGGUCAUUCAUGAAUGAAAGCCUUGGCAAGGUCCACCCAUGACAGGGCCUCCAUUCAAUCCCUCCAAGAUGUGGAGUCGUGACAAGCACCAGCUGGGAUAGACCGAAAGAAAAAAAGGAGGGACAGAUAUAGAUGGAUGGAGGAUUGUAGAGAGUAAACAGUCGUGAGUUGAGUGUUCACCUGUUACCUGAUCCCACCCCCAGGGAGAAAAUGACUCUAAGUGAUGUUAACACCUUCUUAAAUUAGGAAAAAGUGGUGUAAAAAAAAUGUUGGGAAUUUUAAGGGUGUCCAGUUGCUAGGGUAAAACAGCUGUCAGAACUAACACUUUCCAGCCCGAGUUUUACUCUCAAUUAAAAGCAGCAGCAGGUUUUGCAAUUCAGGCUGAAUUUUUCUGUGUUGGUAUAUAGAGCUGAGCCAGCUUGCAUACUCAGCAGUUCGCCUCUGACUGCCGUACAGCUAGGGUGAGUGAGAGUCGGGAGGGGGAGAAGAGCUGAGGGGGAACCAGGAGCCAACUCCAGGUGAGAUAACGACAGGUGAACCACAGGGAACUCACGAUGAAGCCAGGUGUCAGCGGUGUUCACUCCGGGGUGGUGAUGCUGAUGACAGUGUUGAUACUGAAGUCCAACGGCAUGGCAACAAGGCAACAGCGAGCAUCCACAAAGACCCCUAAUUGUGAAUAUGUCUUUGUGGUUAAUGAGUUUGACACUUCCAAGUGCCCUGCUCUGGGUAACCAAGCCUAUCAGGCAGAUUCUUACCCUGCUUCACAUAACGGACAAAUGCCGAGGGUAUCACAGGGUGGAAAGAAUAUCGACAAUCUGUCAUCGAAAAUGCGUGACAUGGAGACAAGGCUUUUUGAUGAGAUGGUGAAAAAUCGAGAAUUAAAUUCAACCCUCUCCCGACACGAACACAUGUUAAAACAUGCCAUAGAACUGCUCCAUGCGUACAAGUCCAACUUCUCCAGUAUAUUCCGGACAAUGAUGUACAUGGAGACGAAGCUGAAACAUCAACGCAGCAUGAGCAGAAGCCUCAAUCACAAACUGUCUAACGUCAUUCUGGAUGUGGUGGAGGUGAACAAUGUGCUAACAAAGAAAGUUCCAACAGCAGACAGAACCGUCCAGGAUAAGGCAAUAUCAGUGGAAAGUGUGGCAAGUGUCCGGUCCUGUCCGGGAAUAACUGACCGGUCAAAAGUUUACAAAGACUGUGCCACUGUGUAUGCUCAGGGUAUCAAGAAGAGUGGUGUGUACUACAUCAAGCCAACCUGUGCAGCGUGCCCGGUACCAGUCUGGUGUGAUAUGGACACGCCCCCUGGUGGCUGGCUCGUCAUACAGCGCCGCAAAGAUGGCAGCACCUCCUUCAACCGCAACUGGCAGCAGUACAAGCAAGGCUUCGGAGAUGUUUCUCAGGAACACUGGAUGGGCAAUGACAACCUCUUUCUCAUCUCAAACCAAGACCAUUACGAACUCAGAGUUGACUUAUGGGACUUCGAAGGAAACCGUGUGUACGCCAUCUAUCGCACUUUCAAAAUCGAUGGUGAGAGGGACAAGUAUCGGCUUCAUAUUCAUAAUCACGCCGGCAGUGUUAAAGACAGUCUGUACCGCCAUAAUCGCAUGAUGUUCAGUACAUAUGAUCAGGACAAUGACGCUCGUCAUGAAGCUCACUGUGCCCGUGAGUGGGAGGGGGGAUGGUGGUACAAUAACUGCUGGUUUGCCCUUCUUAACGGACCCCACCAUAAUCAGUCGAAUGUGCCAUGGCGGGGCAUGGCAUGGAACCACUGGAAACGGGAACAGCUCGCUCGGACUGAGAUGAAGAUUCGCCCUUCAGACUGAGUUGAUAUUUGGGUCAAGGUCACUGUCAGCCUUUGCUUGCUCGAACUGUGAUGUUUGGCCAACAGAUUGAGUUGACCUUUGACUCAAGGUCGCUGUCAUCCUUCACUUGCUUGGACCGAGAUGAAGAUCUGCCUUACAGAAUGAGAUGACCUUUAGUUCAAGGUCACUGUCAUCCUUUGCUCGCUUGGUCUGAGAUGAAGACUCACCCAAUAUUGAGUUGACCUUCAGCUGAAGGUCACUGUCAUCCUUCUCAACACUGUGGAGUUCAGAUUUCACUACAUCAAGGCAGUGAUCUCCAAAGUCUGACAAUUGGACAGCUUCAUUUCCAACAUUUCCUCUCCUGGAGUCCAACAGUCCACAGACUUGUUCUAACCAAGAUGCGGAUAUCACUACUGUGACUAAAACACUCGGGUUUCUCUACCACUCUGAUCCUUCAAAUACUAUCUACUCAACAGCAAACUCAAUGACUGUCUACUCAACCACAAACUCCAGCAAAAACCAGCAAAGACAAAGACUCCAUGGACAUGAAUCUGUCCAAACAAGAACCCAAGCAACAUUGAUACAUCCCUUCUCACGUGGUAUUCUACAAGUUAUGGCUGCUGUAUCCAGCUGCUGCAACUCUUGGAAAAGUGGUAAUACAUUCACAAUCCAAGCUAAUGUUUCAUCAAUCUCAGGCGAAACAAACUCCUAUGGUGCUGACUCUCUACUUCUCAUGGUAGCAUUCAUCAGGAACACUGGCCUUCAUUAUUUUUUACCUACACCAGAGGUGUCAGGGAACAACAGUCCAGGGUCCUGUCCCACAGAGCAAUCUUAUCGUAUGCCUGUUACAAUCAUCUUAGCGCUAAGAUUGUUUGUGGAACGGAGCCCAGCAUGCAUGAAGAUUGUGCAUGAUAACCAUCUUGCACAAUCUCAUUAAAAUAAGAACUUUAACUCUGUUACGAUAACUCGCUGUGUGAAUCCUCCAUAGGUAAUCACAUCAGGUUAACCCUUUGCAAACAUUGACAUCUCAAUAACAAACAAAAUCUGGGAUUUCUUGAGACAAUUAGAAAUCAGCAUCCUAAAAUUAAUUGGCUUCACUUCUUUGCCACGUCAAUUUGGAAAUAUAUAUCUUAUCGUAAGAAAACAUAUACAGGACACACACUAACCUUUGACAGUACACCCUUUUUGAGAGUUGAGUCCAUGGCAGUUAGAAACGACAGGGUGUUUAAACUCUCCACAAGAACAUGCCCAUUAAUGUUCAGUAUUUUAGAUACAGAAAAUAGAUAUGCAGCUCGGAAUCCUUUGUUUUCUUGUACCGAGAACGUAGAAGCUUCAAUGCUGAUUGGCUGAUGAGAAAGUUCACCUGAAGAUGAACUCCCACGGAAGGUCAAAUCUUCACACACAGAGGUAUCAUAUCAGAGUAAAAGAUAAUUAUUUUCAUUGCUUCAAUUAUUAUUUUAAAAUUUGGAGGCAUCAAUUUUACAAAAUUAAUUCAUUUCUUUAUUGAGCAAUUCAUUUCUCUAUCUAGGUUUGUUUCCAUAAAUAUCCCAGACCCCUGUAAAGAUAAAAUGGUUUGGUCCCUCUCUGUCAGUGGUUUGCCUGAAGUUCCCUUAUACUUACCUAUGUCUGUGAUGAUUAUGACUUUUGUCAAAGGUCAUGCAAGGGUCAGUUUUAUGCAAUGAAGUUUUAUAUUUGUUUCCAUCUUUACUUCUCUACCGGUGACCAGGAGAGUACAAACAUGUUUAAAUGCUACAAGACGUAUAACAAUUAUAACAAUGCAUGGUGCAAGAAAGAUGGAGAGAACAAAAUAAAACACACACGGUUCAUCUCACUGAUGAGAGCUAACAAACACCCACGUCCCACAGCAUUCAAAUAAGAGAGACAGGAUGUUUGAGUUUUUUUAACUUGCUAGACUUCUGAAAAUGGUUGGCUGAUAACUUUGAAAGAUAAGAGAUCUCACAAAAAGUGUACAGAGGAAUUGGCUUUUGUCUUAUCGCAUUUAGUUACAUGUACACGUUCAUGGGAACAACUAUGAAGGUUUGUCACUCUCUUGUUGAAACAAACCUGAUUCUGGCAAGACUGGAUGAAUAAUCUAAGUAUCAUUGACCCUUUUACAUUUAUAUUUAGGAGAGGUUUUUUAAUUCAACUGAUGCAAACUUACACCAAAAAAAUAUUGCACUUAAAACAGGUUAAACUGCAAGACAAUUGGAUGCAAUAUGUUAAUCGACAAAACAAAUUUAUCUAACACUGCACACAUGGGAACAGAUUCAGAUAAGUAUUUGAAGAAAAAAAAUAAUUUCUAAAAUGUUAUUUUUUUAUUUGUUCAUGAUUUUUCAAUGAAACCAAAAAAUAGUGGCAUAACAAACAAGACUGAACGGGAAAAAAAAUCAGUUGUUUACAUAUUCAGUACUCAGUGUGCACUGGUCCCAGCUGAUAUCUCCCACAGGGAUCCUCUCUUCUCUCCAUGUUUCUUGGCACCAGUACAUAGCUAGACUUGCUGUAAGUAGGCGCUUUAUUUUAUGAGUAUUGGAGAGGUAACAUAUUGCUUACAUCAUAUCACUAUUUGCUCAAAGCUUGGUUUUUGAGUUCCAGUUUCAUAGACUGUCUCCUGUUCCACAAAGCAAUCUUAGCACUACGACUAGUAAAGUAAUGUCAAAGUAUACAAGUCAAGAUCAUCUUUGUGCUAAGACUGAUUUGUGAAACAGGGCAUAUUAUUGCAUUAUAAGAAGCAUACUUGAAGUGAAUGCUUCAGCUGUGAUAUAACAGAAGUCUGUUCACUGGUUGGCUUGUUUCCCUGUGUAAUUGUCUGUGUACAGAGGCAAGGUCUGUGGUUGGAGCACACAGAUUUUCUAUAACCUGCAUACCUUACAAGAGACUAUAUUUGAGAUAUAAAAAUUGUAGCGUAUGUGAAUAUAUUACCCAUAUGGUCCAAGGCAGGUGAUGAUUAAGUGUCAUUAAGUGAUGACAUCACACAUUCUCAAUGUAGCAUUGUAUGAAGAAUGUUCACUUUCCAAUGCAGCUCUCAAUAGGAGAGCUACAGCUUAUUGUGAAGCGGAUAAUACAUGUAUUUUAAGUGUAUAAUACAGAUUUUAAAACAUGAUGUGAUGUGAAACUUCAAAACAGAAUCUCUACUUAUAAUCAUCCUAUAAAUCAAAGACAAUAUUUUUUUCCAUUGAGGAAUAAGGAGUUAGCUAUUGUGAGUAUAUUUUACAAACCCAAGGUCAGAAUUCUAGUAAGAUCCCUACUUCCCAUGAAGACAAAUCACAGAUUAUGUUUUCAACUGAGUGAGAAGAAAAGUAAGCUUUCUUGUCCCUCUGAUUGACAUGUGCUACAUGCAUGGCAUUAGAUCCGAUAUUUGUCAUGGAGAUGUCCCAUUUAUAUACAAUACUCUCAUGUAUACAGCCACUUUAAUGGCUCACAAGGUGGUCUGAGCAUUAGUCAAAGCACUCUGAUGGCUGUGUGAAUAUGACUCACAUAUCAAAUGGAUUGAGCGUAUCAACUGAUCAUCCGUGGAGCAGGUAUCAAACAUACCAAGUCCUGUUCAGCUUUGGCCCACUUGAAAUCUUAGCAAUCUUAGCACUAUGACUGUCAUAAGUCAUAGUGCUAAGAUCAAUGAGCAAGUGGACCGUGUAGAAACAAAUCACUGCUUAGGCUACUGCAACUCCUGUACUUAGACUUUCAAUAGACCUAUGGUAGACACACAAUAGACUUCUGGUAGACACACAAUAGACCUCUGGUAGACACAAUAGACCUCUGGUAGACACACUAUAGACCUCUGGUAGACACACAAUAGACCUCUGGUAGACACACAAUAGACCUCUGGUAGACACACAAUAGACCUCUGGUAGACACAAUAGACUUUUGGUAGACACACAAUAGACUUCUGGUAGACACAAUAGACCUCUGGUAGACACACAAUAGACCUCUGGUAGACACACAAUAGACCUCUGGUAGACACACAAUAGACUUCUGGUAGACACACAAUAGACCUCUGGUAGACACACAAUAGACAUCUGGUAGACACACAAUAGACCUCUGGUAGACACACAAUAGACUUCUAGUAGACACACAAUAGACCUCUGGUAGACACACAAUAGACUUCUGGUAGACACACAAUAGACUUCUGGUAGACACACAAUAGACAUCUGGUAGACACACAAUAGACUUCUGGUAGACACACAAUAGACUUCUGGUAGACACAAUAGACUUCUGGUAGACACACAAUAGACAUCUGGUAGACACACAAUAGACUUCUGGUAGACAUACAAUAGACUUCUGGUAGAAACACAAUAGACUUCUAGUAGACACACAAUAGACCUCUGGUAGACACACAAUAGACCUCUGGUAGACACACAAUAGACUUCUGGUAGACACAAUAGACAUCUGGUAGACACACAAUAGACUUCUGGUAGACAUACAAUAGACUUCUGGUAGAAACACAAUAGACCUCUGGUAGACACACAAUAGACUUCUGGUAGACGCACAAUAGACCUCUGGUAGACACACAAUAUACCUCUGGUAGACACACAAUAGACCUCUGAUAGACACACAAUAGACUUCUGGUAGACAUACAAUAGACUAGAUUAUAGUCACUGCAGGAUGAGCUGUUUGUGUCACAGGUGACCUGAGGCCUGAUCCAAAAAGUGAUCUUAGUGCUAAGGUGAUCAGAACUCCCAUUCUUUAACCUAGACUUAAGACAGACGUAGUACUAAGACUGCUCUGUGGAACAGGAACAGGGCCUCAUUUUCACAAAAGGAUCCUAGUGUUAAGAUUGUCUUAAGUCUCUUAAACAUAAGGGAUUCAUGACAAAUAUGGCACCAAGAUGGCUUUAUGUGAUGAGGACCUGAUAUCUCCAAAGGAGAGUAUGCAACUCCUGACUUCUCCCAUUGGACGAUUGAUAGGAUUGACAUAUACUUGCCAGUAUACAUAUAUGUAGCUAGUUAACAUAGCUAGUUUCUACCACCUUACACUCAGGUCAGUACCUUCCCAGGAAAUAGUGUAUUCAUUCAAUUUGGAUUUCAAAUUCUCAGAAAUAUAUUUCUGUUUUUCUAAGUCAGUUCUGAGAUAAACUUUAAUUUCUUCCACCUUAAUUUUUUUACACUUGGUAAAUUCAAUUUAAAAAACUAUGCAUCAAAAUGAGCAUUUCUGAUUAAAUGCAAGGUUUUAUACUUACCUGACGCUACACCUAUAGCAUUGUGUAGCACUGUGUAGCGUCAGGUAAGGUAAAACAUCAUUGUUUUGAUGGAACGUAUAGGUUUGAAUGAGGAACAUUUUUGUUCAACUUCCAGUGUGUUAUACCAAUCAGUGGCUGACAACCAAUAAACUAAUACUGUACUCCUUUUCCUGAUACUGCAACAUGGAUCCAGUAUAACAUGGCUUUAAUAGGAUGCUACCACUACUGUAACCAAAGAGUGACUCUUGAGAAUGGACCAUUACUUGUAGUUUUCAUGAAUAUAUAUAUUUAGAUUUCCAAAAUAUGCUUUUACUAGUAAAUCUCAAACAGAGUAAUUAAACAGUUCAUUUGCAAUUUUUUGAAACUUUAAACAUUAAUUUGAUUUGAAAGGUAAUGACCUUUUGGGUAAAAGAUCAUGACACGAUAUUUUCAAGAAAUGGUUAUUUAUAUUCUUUCAAAUGUACAAACCAUUUCACAUUCAAGAAUCAUAUCAACUCAAAGUGUAAAAUAUGCCAGUUCAUUCAUAGACUGUUUUUUAUUUUCAGAUUUCUUAUCAUAAACAUGUUGUUUUACUGUUGACAAGAUAAAAAUUUAUUUAACAUUUGUUCGCAGUUUGUGUUCUGACAAUACUAAAACUUUGUAUUUACAAACAAAUUUUUGAAACUUACAGGUGCUAUGACAAGGAUUUCUAACUCACGUAUGUAUAUAUCUGGUGCUAUUUGUUUGAGAAUGACCUCACUGGAAGGUCCUCCACUGUUCAAGUUAUGUAGGAAUGUAGGUAUUUUGUAGUUAAUAAAAUCUACCAAACGCU